AUGGACGCCAAUCAACCCCAAUACGAAUUAUCCGUAAUUACACAAUGUUUGAAAUUCGCCAUUGACAUUAUCCAAUGGUUGAUCCCUGCCAUCACCAAGUUCAGUCAAUCACACCCUCUGAUCUUUCAGUUAUCGUUUAUUUUCUUCACAUUUUAUAUCUUUUACAAGUUUUUGAUGAACUUGAUCACUUUAGCCAAGAGAUUUCUGUACUUGGUACUAGUAAUAUCAUGCAUAGGCAUUUACAUGCGUGGCUCGCAGCAAUUUUUGACUGUAGAUUUAUUGAAUUGCUACAAUUUUGUCAUGUCCAAUAGAUACUACGCCUUUAAAAUUUACACCUUAUUUAUUAGUGCUCUGGAAAAGGAAGUCAACACUGUUUACCAUUUAGCUCAGCAGAAAGUGCAACAAUUGCUCGAAUAG